UUGGCAGAGUAGUAUUUAGUUAGCACUGGAAGUAGGCAUGUACAUAACAAUAUUGUAAUUGGACGGAGAGAGGUGCCUUGUAAGGGAAUGAGCCCAACCAUGAAGGAGGGAAACUCUGUUUGGGCUACAAAGCAGUUUCGCUUGGCAGGACCUCUCCUGUAUACCGCUCUCAAAGAGGAUACUUAUAUGGGCUCAACGCAGGAACCACCGCAAUCAGGAGCAGAGCCCAGAACAUCGCCGCGCUCAAGUCCUGGAGCCCUCGCACAGGCAGCACCCCCUGCCUCCAGCAGCGGCAGUUUGGACCUGGCGCUGUCUCGGUUUAAGACUGGGGCUUCAAGCUUCAACUCUCUUAUCAGCGACCUCGUAGCAGCGACGGAAGCUGAGCGAAAGGCGUUGGAGGAAGCCCGUCGACAGCUGGAGGAGGAACGGCUAGCAUGGGAGCAGGAGCGCGAACGCGUACAAACUAUGCUUAAUGACGUCGAACAGGUGACCCUCAACGUGGGCGGACUCAAGUUCACCACCUCCGUCAACACGCUGCGCAACGCGCCCAACCCCUCACUCUUCAACGCCAUGUUCAGCGGCCGCCACAAGCUGACCAAGGACGAGGAGGGCUGCUACUUCAUCGACCGCGACGGCCGCCACUUCCACGACAUCCUCAACUACCUCCGUGACGGCCACUUCAACUACCCCUGCACCUCCCUGUCGUUCUCAGACGGCGCCUCCAGCUCGGGAUCUUUCCCCGCCGCCUCCGCGCCCUUCGCCGCGCCCUCCCCCGCCGACGUCAAGUACCUGCUUGAGCUGCGAGCGGAGGCCAACUACUACGGCCUCACGGGCCUCAUGGCCGCAAUCGACCGCUUCCCGCAUAACAUCACGCGGGUGGCGCGAGCGUCGGUGCUUAAUGUGGAGGAUUCCUGGAUGUACGAGGACGGCCAGGACGAGAUCGUGUUCAGUGUGGACAAGCCGGUGCAGCUGCUGGGGGUGGGGCUGUGCGGCACGGAGGGCGGCCUCACGGUGGAGCUGGAGCUGUACGAGGUGGACCCGCAGGACUUCAGGCGAUUGCCCCCGCCCCCCUGCAGUCGCGAGCUGGCCACCUGCUGCUCCGCCGCACAGUCCUUCACCAAGACCGACGGCUCGGUGCUGCGGCUGAUGCUGCCCGAUCCCGCUCCGCUGCAGCCCGGCAAGCACUACAUGCUGUCGGCGCUGAUCAAGGGCUCGGAGAGCUACUGCUGCGAGGACUGCCUGGAAACGGUGAUUGCGGGCGGCGUGUCGGUGCGGUUCCACCCCUGGGAGUCGCCCAACGGCACGUCGGAGCACCGGGGGCAGUUCCCGGAGCUCUACAUACGGGUGCUGUAAGGGUGGGGAUGGCGGAGGAGGGGGUUUGGAGGAGGAGGAGGAAGAGGCUGGUGGAGGGUCGGGGAGGAGGGUGAAGGCUAGCGGGUAAUACUGCUAAGGCCGCUUUGGGGAAGGCGCUGUAACAGGAGGAAUGCAUUUCAAAUGGAAAACGCUGAGUCGCGGUACGGAUGUGCCGGGCGGAGAGGGUUCUAGUGUUUUGUAGCCUGUUGCAAGGCGCAGCAGAGAUGUAGAGAGCGGUUAGUGCGGACUGAACGGGGCUGGUGCGGACGCUUGGCAGCGCGGAGAGGGAAUUGUUCCUGGGGUCUUUCGGCUUUUUUCUGCAUAUGGGUCAUGGCCGAGUGUUCCCAGCCGUAUGCUCAUAUACCAGUAAGGCAGGAGGUGCGCGCAUUGCGUGCCGGACGGCGCAGCGGGGCCCUCACAUGGCCCUGUAAGCGUUACGUUUGUAUGCUACAUGGCCGUAGUGGCAAGGCUCUCAACAUGUCGUUUGCGUCCUGGGGGCGUGGUUGUUUGCUAGUCCUGGCGGGUUUACGUUCACAUGUAGAGUAUUUGUUCUUGCACUCAUUUCACACGCCCACCAAUGCGGCGUUAGGCAGGUGUGGGUUCCCGACGGCAGCAUCUGCCCGGGGGGUUUUGAAGUAGUGGCCGAUCCCCCCGAUAGGCUGAUAGGUGGUGUAGCGCGAUGCAUACGAUAGGCGACCCUUCGGCCGUCCGGUACAUGGCAGGCCAGGCGCAUACGCACAGCGCUGCCGGCGCUGUUUGUUUGGUUUGGGGCAGCCUCACCAAUGGAGGCAAGCAUGGAGCGCAUGGGGCCCUGUUAGCGACAAGGGGGCUGACAGGGCCCCAUGCUGGAGGGGCCGUUUGAAGGAAGCCGAGACGCGUUGGUGCCAUGUGUUUGCAUGGGAGAGCGCGUCUGAUGACUCUGAACAGUAUAUACUAGCCGGCAAACAUGCUGACAUGCGUGAGGGAAGGAGAGCAACGGGCUUCCCUGGCUAACCGGAAACAAGCUGAGGCGGUGGGUGCGGAGUUGGAUAGCUAGGAUGCUGCGCAGGAGGUUCCCGGCGGCAAUUUAAUGGGUUUCAUCUGCCCUGCAAAGUUAAGGACCUAGAAACGAACACAAUAUCAUGCCCUGACGCCUUUCGGCCUUUCUCAUUGUGUACACUGGAACCCCACUUGGCACGGGAAAAUCCCCAGUCGCCG